CUGAUAGGCGAGGAGACAAGAGAAUUGCUAUCAUAUAAUCAACUUCUAGAACAGGCUCGGGCAAUUACGAACAUUGAAAAAACAACAGAUAGGGUAGAAAACACAGAAGAUAUCUCUAUAGAUUUCCAAAACCUAGAACUAAUAAAUGAAGAGAACCAAGAUCGGGCAUGGUUUUAUCAGCAAUACGGAAAUACUAGAAUAACGGAAAUUCCUGUUGACGAUCUUAUUUUUGAAUUGCAGUAUUUACUUCGAAGUGAAAAAAAAAUAGAGUUAACAAACAAAGAAGUAGGAACAGCCUUAAUAGCAUUACUCUUAACCGAACCCACAAUUUUGACACCAAUUGAACUCUUUAAGCACUGUGGUCUAAAAACAUACUACGAAAGUACUGAUUCAGAGUAUGAAUCAGUGCACUCGGGAGAACAACAAAGUAGGUCAGAAUCAGACUUAGUGCCCCAAUCUUUAGUAACACUCGAAACUGAAGAGGAAAGUUCUAAAAACAACGUACCCAUCAAAAUUGUAAGAGCGGAAAUCCACACGCAAGGUGAUCAGAUUCCUUUAGAUUGUCCUAAAUUGACCCCUAGUACCACAGCAAUCACUUGUCCGGCGGUUAAUCAUUCACAGUCAAGUAUGAAUACUAAAACUCCUCAAUCCAAGUUAGCGUCCACUCCGUGUAACUUUUUACCAUAUCAAGGACUAGAAAGUCGGAAAGUCUUCUUUACUCCAGCGUCGAUCGUUGAGCAGUCAAACAAAAUCAUGCAAAACAAACCGUCAGAAGUAACAAACCAAGAAAUGCCUAUUAAGAUAUACGUCAACGAAUUGAGUCGUUUGAUGGAAUCCGGAAUGGAUUAUGAGGAUGCUUCUAAAGCAGCUGAUUCUCUCAGCCUUCAUAUCUUACCUCAACCCCUUUACAUACACAAACACUUGCGUUAA